ACAAGCUCAUCUUUGUUCUCCUCUGUCCGAGAACGCAGUACUGUAAUAAAAAAAAAUAAUAGAAGAAAAAUUAAAAAAAAUCUCAGAAUUUAUCUCUCUCUCUAAAUUUUCUCUUAAAUAAGUAUUUUUCUCUCUCUCUUCAUAUUAAGGAAAAAACAAAACAAUUAAAAUAAUAAAGCAGCCUUUUUAGUAUUUUGUUUAGUUCUUAGCUGUACCAAAGCUUCCCUCUGUAGUUUCCAACACCCCUUUCAAAGAUCUACAAAUUUCUCCCUCCCUUAUUCUCUUUUUCUCUUUUUUGCUUAAUCCAGCUUUUAUUGCUCUAUUCUUACUUACGUAAUAUUCUUGGCUUUGGAUCGGAUUAUUUGAUUAAAGCGCCUCUAAACCAAAGUUCGAAACAAACUUUUCCUUUUUCUCUCUGAUUCCAGGAAGGUUAUGAUGGCGAGUCGGGUGAAGGAAGAUGAGAAAAAUGAGCGAAUAAUUCGGGGUCUUCUCAAACAACAGGAGAAUCGUAGAUGUAUUAACUGCAACAGUUUGGGGCCUCAAUAUGUUUGCACAAAUUUCUGGACAUUUGUUUGCACUACCUGUAGUGGAAUACAUCGGGAGUUCACACACAGAGUUAAAUCAGUGUCGAUGGCUAAAUUUACUUCUCAAGAAGUUAGUGCUCUUCAAGACGGGGGAAAUCAGCGUGCAAAGGACAUCUAUUUUAAAGAAUGGGAUCCACAGCGUAAUUCUGUUCCUGACAGCAGGAAGAAGGAAUGUACUUUCAAUCGGGGGACAGAUUUUGUGCUACAAUUGAGAAUGGCUCCACGGGAAAAGUGCACGGAUGAAACUGCUGUGGCUAAUAGUGGGCUUGGCAAUGAUGUUGGCAUGUUGCCGCGGUUGCAGCCUGGCAUUGAGCAAGGGACAUCUAUAACAGCUGCAACCAAAGCGCUUUCAGAUGGUGCAUGUGCCAUGAAAGCGAGGGAUGAAUUUUCAAGAGAUGACCCCCCGAAAAAAGAAUACCAGGCAGGGAUGCCUGGAAGAGCUCCUGCCAAUCACUUUGGGAAAAUGUGGAGGAACAGGGGGCAACAGUCAACAGCACCAGCCACCAAUCGUGGCAUCAAAGGAGUUGAACGUUUCAUUUCCAAAUUCCAAAGGGGAAAAGUUCCCCCAGUAGUUCGCCCUGUUAGAGAAAUUUUGGGUGAGAAUGUGAUACCACUUCGUAUAAGUGAACCUCCAAAGGCAAAUGGCAGCAGAACUGUUGAUGUCCCUCAGACACAGAGAACUGCAUCUUCCAGCAGCUUGGGAUCUACCAGCGGGAAUCCAGCAGAAGUCAAAUUGGAAACGACUGUCAGCUUAAUUGAUUUUGAUGCUGAUCCUGAGCCUGCAGCAGCUCAGGCAGUUACUCAGACACAACGAACAACAGUGACUCAAUCCGUUGUGCAGCCAACAAGUUCUACCAAUGACAACAACUGGGCCUCGUUCGAUUUUGCCCCUCAGACAAUAGUUUCUCAGGCCCCUUCAAACAUGAACACCCUGGACUCUGUUCUUUCUCAAUUGUCGGUGCCAGCAUCUGUCCCUGGUCAUAUAUCAGGACCAUCUACCAUUGUUGGUGGUCAGAUACCUGCUCCUGUGGUCAACAUGAGUGUAGCACCUCUUGGUGGUAAUCCCAAUGUUGCAUUCACAGGGCAGAUACCCGUUGGUGCUGGUGCUUCUGCAGUUGCACCAGUUAGCAAUUUGUCAACAUUGCCUCCUACUGGUGCUUUGGCAGCUGCUCCUGGAUUAACUCCUAUAAUGCCUGUCACCAGUGGUAGUUCCCAGGCCAGUGUAAAUAAUGCUGGACAAUGGCCUAAUGUGCAGCAUCAACAGACUUCUUUUUUCUCUGCAGCCAGCAGUCAGUCUACUGCCCAACAAUUUAUGCCACCAGUUGAUGGAGCUUCAACCAGUCAGCCAUGGAAUUUUGUUCCUUCCCAGCAUAUGCAGGGGCAUUUCAGUGCACCUGCUGCACAAACGCCUCAAGCUGUCUCACAAUCAGUGCUGGUUUUUACUUCUACUGGUGCAUCACAGCCUCCAUCUAUAGAAACAAAAGCAAGUGGAAGAAAAGAACUACCUGCGGAUUUUUUUACUGCAACCUAUCCAACAUAUCCUACACCUGCAGCAGGGUGGCAAACUGGCCCACCCCGUGGUAUGGGGUUCACUAUGCAAUAUAGUACUGCAGUGCCAAUGUCUGCUUUUCCACAAUCAUCAAAGUCAGUAAACCCAUUUGAUCUUGGUGGUGAAGCACCUCCAGUUCAAAAUCAAACAUUCCCUUCAAUGGCUUCCUUACAAGGUGCCAUGCCAAAUGUACCUCCUGCUUCUGGUUUAGUACGCGCUUCUAGCCUUGGUACUCCAUCAUCAGCAUGGAUGCCACGUCAGGCUUUACCUUAUGCAUCAGGGAUGCCAUCCCAGUUACUGCCUUACGCAUCAGCAGUGCCGCCAAGGGCGUACAUCGGAGCACAGUUACCCAGUAACUUGCCACCCUCCAGCCAUCAAAUCGGCAUUGGUAGUGAGGCAUCUUUUGGUUUUGUAAAUGCGGAUCAACAGGUGGCUGGUAGAUUCUCAGCACCGACUACCCCACAGCCAUUCUCUUCUGUUGGCGGCAACCCAUUCGGCUGAAUAUAAAUAACAAAGCAUCACGGACCCCAUGUCUGGUUAAGCAUCCUCUUGUUGCUACCUGUUAAAUUGAUGGGUGGAAAGUUUUGGUUUUUGUUAGAAUGAUCCAAGCCCUAUUAUAAAUUUUCCGUUGUUCGGUUCCGCAUACAAGGAUCUGAUAUCCAUACUGGCCAUAGAUAAUUAGCUUGAUGCUCGCACAGAGAGACAGAGAGAGAGCAAGCCAACGAGUUGCAAGCUGGGAUUCACAAGGUUACUACGGAUAAAGCAUCUGGGGGAUCUAGGUUUUUCUUUCUUUUCUUGUUGUGCAGAUAUGAUGUUUACCGUAAUUUCCAUGGAGUGAUCUGUGUGUUGCCUGAAAAUUGUAUCAUUUCCACCCUCCCCUUUCUUUACCUUCUAUUUUCCCCUUAGUGUCGUCUGAUUUUGCAGUCUCUCAAUGACGAUCCGGUUCACCUCUUCAGAGCACGUGAAAAUUUGUGAAGUUGGUCACAGUUUGUAACUUUGUAAUGUAAUAUUAUUGAAUAUUGAGAUUAUUUGAAGAAUU